GCGACCAUGUCCUUGAUCGUACCUAGCGAGACAUCCAACGAUGGACAAAGGACAGUUGACGCCUUUGCCGUUAUUGGCAUGAUAGUCGUUAUUGUGAUAGUUUUAAAUUUAUUGUGGAAGGUGGUUUUACUCGUAUGGUAUCAUGGCAUAUCAAGGAUAUGCAAGACGAACUUGCAAAAGAAAUACGGAGGUUGGGCGGUGGUGACAGGGUCUACGGACGGUAUCGGCAAGGCUUAUGCUCAGGAACUGGCCAAAAGAGGUUUCAACAUCGUGCUGAUCGCAAGAAAUCGUCAUAAAUUGCAGAAAGUAGCCCAGAAAAUCAUUGAGACAGACAAGGUGCAAGCGGAGACCAUCGUAGCAGACUUUGCAAGCGGUAGACCGAUCUACGAGACCAUUGCACAGGGCUUGCAAGGCAAAGACAUUGGAAUACUGGUUAACAACGUGGGCGUCCUGGCUUACCCGAAAGACUUCGAGCAACUGAGCGAGGACGAGAUCUGGAAUCAGAUCCUGGUUAACGUCGCUUCCGUUCCAGCGAUGACGAAAAUUGUCCUUCAUGGAAUGCUGGAAAGAAAGCGCGGUCUCAUCGUGAACAUUUCGUCCACCCUCAGCGCCGUUCCAUUUCCCUACUUCCAGGUUUACGCAGCUACGAAGGCGUUCGUCAGAAGCUUCAGCGUGGCUCUGGCGCACGAGUACAGAGCGAGCGGAGUCGACGUCCAGACCGUCCUUCCAGGGGCUGUCGCUACGAACUUACUCGCCUGGAAUGAUGAUGAUGACAGGCCCAAACCAGGAUUAACUGUCCCAAUUCCCCACGACUUCGUAAAGGAUGCUGUGGCUACCAUUGGCUACGCGAGAGAAACAGCUGGCUACUGGCCUCACGAAAUUCAGCUGAUGGCACUGCGCGCCAUGCCGGAAUUUUUGGUGACUACAAUGUCGAUCACGCUGGUGCCAUGAAAUUGCGAUACGGCAGGUCACUUCGGAAGCGCCCACCUUCUUCUUAAAGCAGCUUCUUCAAAGGUCUUCCGAAGAGAGAGAGAAAGAGCGAGAGAAAAAGAGAAGAAUUCGAGGACGACAGGCGUUCAGGGAUGUUUGUUUGUUUGUAUGGUGUUUUUACGUUGCACGGAACCAGUGGGUUAUUCAGCAAUGGGACCAACGGCUUUAGACGCGACUUCCGAGCCACGUCGAGAGUGAUGAACUUCUAUCACCAGAAAUACACACAUCAGGGAUGAAUUAUUAUCAUUAUGUCAUAGCGACUCUAGAGGAUCGAUAUCGGCCUAGUUAUCUGCUGGCCGUGACACGGUGAGGCUACCGAUGGGAUAUUCGUAUCGUCGCGUGUGUUCAGACUCCGAAAGGUCGCAUCAAGCAGAUGAUCACCUGAUCAAUUAUGGGGAUAUUUGUCUUGUACACUCCGGUAACGAAAAGUCGAGGUGCCGGCAUGUGUCGAGCUCGACGCUUUCUUCGUGGAAGGAUGGUGAAUAACUGAUGAUGAAGAGCAACAGGUGAUCUUGAUCGCGCCUCGUGACCUAUAAAAAAAUAAGACAAAGUUGGAAGUACUUGUUUACGU